GGAAGUUGACAGCCGGUUCCGAAGAGAAUCAGGGACUUAGCCCAGUGGCCCCCACGUGGAAGUAGCGUCGCAUGAUGUAUCCUGGAUAUCAAAGGACAGCAGGAGGAGGCCCUUCGUCUGGUAGCUACAAGAACCGGCUUCUCAGGUCCCAAAUUCCUGGGAAUCCUAGAGGCUCCAUGGGAAUUCAAUGGCAGACGGAGUAGCUUUCUUUCGCGCUUCUUCGGUUUCAUGCCGGGAAGGGUCACUUCCGGUACGCCCCCCCCUCGACGCGCGCGGGGGGGAAAGAACACCGUUUGCAGCGGCCCCGGCGGAAGUGCGCUAAGGCACCAGUGUCGCUGCUUCCGGUCCGGGUAGAGUGGUACUCCUGCUGCAAGGCUCUGUGGUUUGCGGGAGCCGGCUGAGGCUGGAGGAUCCCAGAGCUUGGGGGGGGGGAGGAGGGAGAGAGCGAGGUGGAGAGAACGCGCGGACUCCCAGGCUGAUUCGGGGUUAGCCCGAUGGUGACGCCGGCAACCGAUCGCAGACACUGGAGAAAGAGGGAACCCGAACGCGACCAGACUACUGUUUCCAGGGGGGCAGCCUGCACGGGACACCCCCCGCCCCGGUAACGGCCGAGGAGGAGGAGAUGGCGCCGGCCAGGGAGCGGCCGUGGCCGAGGCAGUGAGUAGAAGCGAAGCCAAAGGAGCCGGAGCCCCCGCGUGUGAAGAGCAGGAACCGGCACCAUGGAAGGGACGAAGCCGAGUUUGCAGCUGGUAUACCAGGCUGUGCAGGCGCUCUAUCAUGACCCGGACCCUAGCGGCAAGGAGCGCGCCUCGUUUUGGCUGGGGGAGCUGCAGCGAUCGCCCCUUUGAAAUGUGCUGCUAGUGGGAGCUGCAGCUUCCUCCUGUUGACUCUGAGCCCCAGGCUUCCCUUGAGAUGGUCCCUUCUGAAAUGUGGAGCUUAGUCCAAGCCUGGCAUCUGUGGCUCUAAAGUCCUAUGAAGUGUUCAUGCAUGGGAAAUCUCUGAUCAAUUGUUACAGAUACGGCAGGAUGUAGAAUCGUGCUAUUUUGCAGCACAGACAAUGAAGAUGAAAAUUCAAACCUCAUUCUAUGAACUCCCAACAGACUCUCAUGCCUCUUUACGGGACUCGUUGCUGUCACAUAUCCAGAACUUGAAAGACUUAUCUCCUGUCAUUGUAACUCAGCUUGCUUUAGCAAUAGCAGACCUGGCCUUGCAGAUGCCUUCCUGGAAAGGUUGUGUGCAGACCCUGGUAGAAAAAUAUAGCAAUGAUGUAACCUCCUUGCCUUUUCUGCUGGAGAUCCUUACGGUAUUGCCUGAGGAAGUACAUAGCCGGUCCUUACGAAUUGGAGCUAAUCGUCGCACAGAGAUUAUAGAAGACUUGGCUUACUACUCAAGCACAGUUGUUUCUCUGCUGAUGACUUGUGUAGAAAAAGCAGGAACAGAUGAGAAGAUGCUCAUGAAGGCCUUUCGCUGCUUGGGUAGUUGGUUUAACCUUGGUGUCUUGGAUAGUAACUUUAUGGCUAAUAAUAAAUUGUUAGCACUUCUUUUUGAAGUUUUGCAACAGGACAAAACGUCAUCCAACCUGCAUGAAGCAGCAUCAGAUUGUGUGUGCUCCGCCCUCUAUGCCAUUGAGAAUGUAGAGACCAACUUACCUUUGGCCCUCCAACUCUUUCAAGGGGUCUUAACUUUGGAGGCAGCCUACCAUAUGGCUGUGGCCCGGGAGGACUUAGACAAGGUUCUGAAUUAUUGCAGAGUUUUCACUGAACUGUGUGAAACAUUUCUUGAAAAAAUUGUUUGUACUCCAGGCCAGGGGCUAGGUGAUCUGCGAACACUGGAAUUGCUCCUUAUCUGUGCUGGACAUCCCCAGUAUGAGGUGGUGGAGAUAUCCUUUAACUUUUGGUAUCGACUAGGGGAGCAUUUAUACAAAACAGAUGAUGCUGUUAUUCAUAGCAUUUUCAAAGCUUAUAUUCAACGUCUGCUCCAUGCCUUGGCCAGACACUGUCAACUGGAACCAGACCAUGAAGGGGUCCCUGAAGAGACUGAUGACUUUGGGGAGUUUCGAAUGAGGGUAUCUGACUUGGUGAAAGAUUUGAUCUUCCUGGUUGGAUCUAUGGAAUGUUUUUCUCAGUUGUAUUCUACUCUGAAAGAAGGCAACCCACCCUGGGAGGUGACAGAAGCGGUUCUCUUUAUCAUGGCCUCUAUAGCCAAGAGUGUUGAUCCGGAAAAUAACCCAACACUUGUGGAGGUCCUAGAAGGAGUUGUCCGUCUCCCAGAGACUGUUCACACAGCUGUCCGAUACACCAGCAUUGAGCUAGUCGGAGAGAUGAGUGAAGUGGUUGAUCGAAAUCCCCAGUUUCUUGACCCUGUGUUGGGCUAUUUGAUGAAGGGCCUGUGUGAAAAACCUCUGGCCUCUGCUGCUGCCAAAGCCAUUCACAACAUCUGCUCUGUCUGCCGGGACCACAUGGCUCAGCACUUUAAUGGACUACUGGAAAUUGCCCGCUCCCUUGAUUCCUUCAUGCUGUCUCCAGAAGCUGCUGUAGGCUUGCUGAAAGGGACAGCACUCGUCCUAGCCAGAUUACCCUUAGAAAAAAUUGCUGAAUGCCUCAGUGAAUUAUGUGCAGUUCAAGUCAUGGCAUUGAAAAAGCUGCUAUCUCAAGAGCCCAGCAAUGGCAUUUCCUCAGAUCCCACCGUGUUCUUAGAUCGCCUGGCAGUAAUAUUUAGACACACCAAUCCUAUUGUAGAAAAUGGACAGACUCAUCCGUGCCAAAAAGUCAUACAAGAAAUUUGGCCAGUUUUGUCAGAGACUCUAAACAAACACCGAGCCGAUAACCGGAUUGUAGAGCGGUGUUGCAGGUGCCUGCGUUUUGCUGUUCGAUGUGUAGGUAAAGGGUCCGCAGCUCUCCUGCAGCCCUUGGUUACACAGAUGGUGAAUGUGUACCAGGUCCAUCAACACUCCUGUUUCCUAUACCUUGGUAGCAUCCUGGUGGAUGAGUAUGGGAUGGAAGAGGGUUGUCGCCAGGGCCUGCUAGACAUGCUACAGGCACUAUGCAUCCCUACUUUCCAGCUCCUAGAACAGCAAAAUGGCCUUCAGAACCACCCUGACACUGUGGAUGAUCUGUUCAGACUAGCUACCAGGUUUAUCCAACGUAGUCCUGUCACCUUGUUAAGGAGCCAGGUGGUCAUCCCCAUCUUACAGUGGGCCAUUGCCUCAACCACCCUUGACCAUCGGGAUGCCAAUUGCAGUGUCAUGAAGUUUCUACGAGACCUCAUCCACACAGGAGUAGCCAAUGAUCAUGAAGAAGAUUAUGAAGUUCGGAAGGAGUUGAUUGGACAGGUGAUGAACCAGCUUGGACAACAACUUGUAAGCCAACUACUACACACAUGUUGUUUCUGUCUGCCCCCGUAUACCCUUCCAGAUGUAGCCGAAGUGCUCUGGGAGAUCAUGCAAGUUGAUAGACCGACUUUUUGUCGUUGGCUAGAGAAUUCUCUGAAGGGUUUACCAAAGGAAACAACUGUGGGAGCUGUCACAGUGACGCACAAACAACUUACAGAUUUCCAUAAGCAGGUUACUAGUGCUGAGGAAUGUAAACAAGUUUGCUGGGCCUUGAGGGACUUCACCAGGUUGUUUCGAUAACUUGAGCUCCUGUACUGUGCCUGUCUCCCAGGAUUGUCUUUUUAUUAGAAGACAGGAUAAUCGAAAACAAGAAUGUGUCUCACAAUCAGAAACCUUCCUUGUGGCAGAGGGACUUUGACUCCCUUUCACCAGUGCUGUCACAGCAAACAGGGAGAGACUCCGGCCUCCUGGGACUGGCCUGUGGGGAGUUCCUGUUUAUGAGGGAGAGGGCAAAUCAGAGUGAUUUUUUUUUUUUUAAGGAUGGCUGCAGCCUGUCCAGCAUGGUGGGAGGGAAGCUGGUUUCCUGAUGGACUCAUUUUUAAAAAGGGAAAAAAUGUUUAAAAAAAAAAGGAAAAGCUAAAUGGAAACCUGAAGAGAAACAUUUGCCUGGCAACAAAAAAACCCAGAAACACCACACUAAAAGUAGCAUACUUUCUGUGAAAUGAAACAAAAACCACACAAUGGAAUUACUUAUAGAAAUGUGGAGAUUGAAAUGAAUUAACCAAAUUGCUGCAUUGGGAAAGCAGGAAAAAAAAUACAUCUUGGAGGUGUUUUGGUGGGUUUUUUUGGGGGGAGGGGUAUUUUGUUUUAUUUUGUUGGGGGCGGGGAUCCAAGUGGAAUAAGGAUUUCUCCUACCCUUCAGUUCUCUCCCCCUUAAAUUUGACGUUCAGACUAGGAACAAUGAGCAAGGGAGCUAGAGCUAGGCCUGGCCUGUACAUGUGGUUCACCAGAAAGUCAGGGAAGGAUGGGAGCAUCGAAAUUCAAGCCCACCCCAACUCUGGCCCCAUUCAGACCCCUAAGUCUACUUGUAUCUGGCUCAUCCAGUCGUCAGCCUCGUGGAGAAGAGUCCAAAACUGGGGGAGUCAUAUAUAUAUAUUAUAUAUAUAUAUAUUUUCUCUUUUUUAGGUGUUUUUUUAAAAAAAAAAUUUUCGAGGUAUUUUUUUUCUUUUUUUUUUCCCAGAUAUGGGAAAGAGGAAAAGGGGGUUGAGAUUUAAAGAGGUGUGUUUUACGGGGCUGACCAAUAACUAUUUUAUUCAAAGAUUUGGAAAUUAUUUUAUGGGGGUGGGGGGAACCAAAAGCAGAUCUUAACAUUUCAAAGCAAUGUAGCCCUGCGCAGGUGUUGGACUUGAGCGCGUUGUUCCGUCUGGUGUUGUAGCCAUCUCGAGAACAAACCAACAACAAAAAAAUAAACUAAAAAAAAAUAAAUUUUAAAAAACGUUAA